AUCUAAACUACGUACUGUUUUACUGACGUUUCCUUGGGAAGUCAUGUUCUGACCCACACUCCGUUUUAUAUUCGAUCGUAACGCGACCACACGUCCCGUCUCUCGAAUGAGGUGGUAGCAAGCAACUACGAGGCCCAUGUGUGAUGGCGGCGGUGAAUUCGGUGCAAACAUCGCGGCUGCCGUUGCCGAGGUUCUCGCCGCGUGCCGUGUUGAUGUACAGCGCAGCGGUCGGCGGCGAGGGUGCUGUGGCGCUGCAGCUGCGAGAGGCGGCCCCGGGCGAGCUUGAUGCAGCGCGACUCCACGACGAGCGUCUGGCCAUCGCCUGCCACGAGCCCGAACUGCUGGCCGACCUCCUGCACGCCGCGGCUGAUAUCGAUGGCGAGCAGGAUGGUCUCACAGCAUUAUUGGCUGCGGCAUCGCCUGAUUUAGCACUUGCAUCCGAUGCAUCCGACAGCCUACCACUACCCGACCACGAUCAUGAUUGCACCACGUCAUUGCCAACUUCGAGCGGAAUAUUGAACGGUAUAGCCACAGUGUCCGUUGCAGUGACAGGGCUCGAAGCCAAGCCCCCGUUCGCCGUGAAGAAGGUCCGACCCAAACCCGCAUCACCCAACCGACAAGGCCCCCAACAGUGUCAAGUGUGCAACAAGAUCUUCGGUAACGCAUCUGCCUUAGCCAAACACAAACUAACGCAUAGCGACGAAAGGAAAUACGUCUGCAUCACAUGCGCGAAGGCUUUCAAGAGACAAGAUCAUCUUAACGGUCACAUGUUGACACAUCGAAACAAGAAGCCAUACGAAUGUAAAGCGGACGGAUGUGGGAAAUCAUACUGCGAUGCUCGCUCCCUACGGCGGCACACGGAGAACCAUCACCACCCACCGGCAGACGGUAAAAACAGCAACAGCUCAAUCGACAAUGACCGAGAACCGAACUCACAGCGCGUUUCAUCUCCAAUAUCACCGGGACGCAGCCAACCUCCGCAUUCCGAUUCGAGCAACGGAUCGGAAAAGUCAAGCGCGGCUACAAGCGGCAGCGGGGGCGGGAGCGAUAGUCCACCGUGUACCCCGCCGACACCAGUCACUCCGCCCGUAAAACAAAAGACCAAAGCCGCAACCAAGCCGAAAUCUUGUAAUGCAGCGCAACAAGGAAACACGAAAUGCGGCGGUGGUGCUAGUGCGAGCGGGUCCCACAGCAGCACAGCAAGCGGGCCGAUACAAAACGCUUCACGUACUAACGACGUCAAACCAGUCGAAUGUAACCUCUGUCAUCGGAAAUUCAAGAACAUACCCGCUCUAAAUGGCCACAUGCGUUUACACGGAGGAUACUUCAAAAAGGAUUCAGAUAGCAAAAAGCUAGAUAAAAAAGAAACGACCGGACCACCUCUGCAAACAGCAUCCGUCUCGGUUCGAGCACUCAUUGAAGAAAAGAUCAUUAGCAGACGAGGGGCCACGGCAAGCUCGACGAAUUGUACGAGUACGGAUACUGUAGCCUCACGUUCUGGUUUCGUUGCGCCAGCGCCGCCACCGCUGUCAACGAUACGCGCGUCACCCUCAUCACCCGCCACUACGUCGGCACAGUUCGUACCGCCACGGGCGCCAUCCGCCGUCACUGUGGCCGCGAACUUAUCUACUAACAUGAGCGCCGCACAAAGGGACUCUACUCUAAUCGAACUCUUGAAGAAAGGGAACACUAAAGCUGUCAAACGAUCGGCAUCGGAUCCGGGACACGCAUCGCCACAGCAAGACUACACUUUUCGUCCGGAACUAUUCGGGGUGUCCUUUAACUCUGAUGACGGGUAUUUCUCGCCGGCACUAAACGAUGACACGUUUCAAUUCACCUCCGCGCCAGACCAACUGGAAGAUCUAGCUUCGUUGGAAGACUACGCAACUGUGGCCGCUUCGAUAAGAGAAAGAUCCCCGGUCACAUUCCCGUACAGUCGACGUCUGGCUGCGGUUCUAAAUUCACCUUUGCCGGAAUCGUUGGCGGAUUUUGGGGCAUGCCAUGGUGGUUCGCCGGUGACCUCGCCCGGUAUCGGAUACACGGCAAAUUCACCGGGACUAUCGUAUACGACCGGGGAUUCGCCGGGCUUAGCGUACACAGCAGCAUCGCCCGGUGGCAGUUAUUCAACGCAGCCUUCGCCCGGUUUUACUUACCCAACGCCACCAGCUUCUCAUGAUGCUCAUUCUCCGGCACACACAGUUCCUCGAGCGUCAUCACCGCUAUCAGCCGCAUUUUUCACUGCCACUAUGUCCAGUCAAGAAGAGGUUGAAGAAGCUUUAGAAGAAGUUUUACCGGAGGAAUGCAGGUCACUUGAUGCCUAUUCACUGGAGCCUUCGCAAACGGCACGCCGUAUCAUGCUUAACUCAGAAGACCCUUUGCUAUCGAGCAGCCCCAGAGAUUUCUCCCAUCAAAGAAUAUUCAGGCGUCAACAUCGGAGCGUCGUAAAUACUACUGGACAUCUACAACAAUGGCAACAUGAUAAUUCACUUCAGGUCUGCGUUGAAGGUCGAGAUACGGUACCAGCUGUGUUCUUAAGUCCGAACAGUGUGCCGGCGUCACCACAACGAAGGAAACGUCGAGCGUCACCUGCAGGUCCUUAUCGGUCAAGGAUGCGGAGAGCUAUCAGUCACUUCACGCCGCAACCGAUGCUACCACCCGAACGCGAUGGCUCUGGACUAUAUAUAGAUUUGACGGCUGGAAUUCUAUCAGAAAACGAUGGUUUAUCGCAAACGGAGGACGUUCGGAAGCCGCAAAUAAAUAUCGGGACUAAUUUCCAAGCCGAAUUGCCAGAGCUGUACAGCGAUCGUGAUGAUCUACAUCGAGCACCGGAACAACUCCUUUGGGAUCCGGGCAUAAACGAAGCGUUAGAAGACAACGAAGUACGAAUGUUCAUGGAACUAGCGAUGUGUGCUGCUAUGCCAGUCGGGGGGCACACAAGAGAAUUUGCCUUACAAACUUUAGGAGAAUGUGGCGGAGAUAUCAGAGCGGCCACUCUACGACUAAUGUCAAGACCUGUGGUGCCAUCGCAGCACGAGUCGCGUUGGGCGCCCGAUGAAGUCGAAGCGUUCUUAUCUGGACUAAGCCAUUACGAUAAAGACUUUUUUAGAAUUUCGCAACUGGUUAGAACAAAGGACUCGAAGCAAUGCGUUCAAUUCUACUAUUUUUGGAAGAAAGUAACAAAAGACUACAAGACCCAGUACCUAAGGAGUUGGUGUGCCGAUCCGCAUACAUCACAAGGUUCUGUAGCACAAGUAACUACACAUAGCAACACCUCGUGCACCUCAUCACCGACUUCAUACGACAAUGAGGAGUACCCAUGCAAGAUAUGCGGGAAAGUAUUUAACAAAGUAAAAAGUCGUAGUGCACACAUGAAGUCACACCGGCCUCUCGACGCCGAAACGAAAAAAUCAAAACUCGAAAAGCCUUAUGAAAAGGCCGAGAAAUCUGAUGGCAGACAUAACACAACAAACGAAUUUCACAAAACGUUGUAACACAUGCUGGCAUAUAAAUUCGGCGGGUUCUUGUGAAAUGCUAAAAUGUUAUUAUUCUUGAUUAAGAUAAAAAGAUCGCAAGUGCUAUAAAGACUAAAAUUUAAAAAAAUAUCGACUUGCAUCGUUACAACAAAACUUUUUACUAAGCAUUUUACAAUAAUGUCCCCUUUGCAUUGUACGCUAUUAAAAUAUGAUACAAUUGACACCCCGCUCAUUCGCACAGCGUUGUAAAGAUAGAUUAUACGCAUAACAUUUGGUUGUGAACCCGCUGGCCGAAACAUGCCCCCCCCCCCGUGCACAUUGUCGCCACCGACCCCCACUCACCACACACACAUUGUUUACUCUUACUUGAACUGUUCAAGAAAUAGCCAGUAAAUGUUAGCCUCCAGAUUUAUCAACGAAGCUUUGUGCAAUUAUAGAGACCACUAUUUUUAAUUGCCAAAAUUAAAAAAAAAACCUAGUGUCUGUGGAUACUGAACAUUUAACUCAAAGAAAAAGCUGAUAAUGAUAAUUUAUUCUAGAACAAAUCUUUAGUCAA